AUGAGCCACGCUAAUAUUCGAAAAGUGCACACCCCAGCUUCAUCGAGUCUCAUGAGCUCAGAGCCAGCCAUCACCCCUGAUAUGGACCGUAAUCGAGCCAAUCGAUUUGGUUCAAUUGGACCCGAUCCGAGCACUACAGAGUCGGGCGCAGAAGCCAAUGGCACAGCCGGCAUCUAUUCCUACCCAACUCAUACCGAAGCCAUUGCGACAGUUGCUCAAGUAUCCGAAUCGCCUCCUUCCUCGAAGUUUCCUAUCGGCGCCGGAGUAGGGAGAAAUAAUAAAUCAUCUUCGGCGGAACGUCGAGAAAUAUCUUCCCCGAGUCACUGUCUGGCAAGUCGCCAAAACCCUCGGAAGCGUGCGGCAAGCCCUAUCUUGGAAGCCGACCCUCCAAAGCAUGCGCGACCAGCACCGAACGACGGUACAGAAGAUCAAUGUAGUCAGACUCCGUCGGAGAACCCGAGCUCUAGAGGGAUUGGUGCAUCACCCGCAAGUACUCUACGCGAUAAGGAUACUAAAUCGUCGGCCUUCGGCUCCGAAGCAGGCGGGCGAGAGACUUACAUUGUGGAGCAUGACGAUCUAGGCAGGCCCAUCUACAAAGUCAGCCCUGAGAUGUGGAAGUCUCAACGACUACUCGUCUAUCGUAAUCGGACUGGGCUCAAACGCGGUUCCUUGAUCCAGGUAGUGUUUGCUGAGCCUUCCUUCGACCCCAACACGCAAGGCAAGGUCGGAAUGGUACCAACGAAGAAUGGCAAGUUCGUCAUCAAAACCCGCAAUAUGAUCGUAUUGCAUGUCUACCCGACGCAUCUCGAGUGCAUACCUAUCUACACGCACGGUGGAGAAGGACUGGCUCGCAAGGUUCCGGACGGCGAGCUCGACUUCCAUUUCUCGCUGCAACUUCGCAACAAAGGAUUUCAUUCUCAUGAUUCUCCGAAUUCCGAGCCUCUAUGGAUUGAGUGGGCCGACUUAUCUGUCUCGAGGUAUUCCUACGCCGAACCUCUAAAGGUUCAUUCUGUAUAUUACCUUGUGGACAUCAAGAUUAUUGGAAAGCUUGAGCGGGCAAGUCUUAAAGCUAUCAAGGAAUGGCGAAAAGUGCAGCAGAAGAAAUAUGACGGCUCCGAUGCUGACUCAGACAAUGAGGAGCCAAUCCAUGUUCAAGUGCCAUCAUUCACCACUCUGCCAGUCACAAGAUCUCCGAGGGACAUCCACGAUGUGCGGCUCGACCGGGUCGGAAAUGGACCGAUCGCGAAUGGACUGGUCAUAAAUGGACUGGUCACAAAUGGACCGGUCACAAAUACGCUUACCGACAACCGUCAAACCAUCAGCCACCGAACGUCGCGCACCGAGGAUCGCUCAAUGAGGGGCAGCUCCACUGUGCCGAGCAAGCGGCCUAGGCUGGAGGGCUCCAACCGGGAUAGGGCCCCAGAGCAAGAUCGUUAUCGGGACCGUGCCUCCAAUAGAGACGGACGACGAGAGCGAGACGACUACGGCCGACGAGAGGACGCUACCAUGAGAGAUGUCUCCGCUCUUACUCGUCCCUCUACUCGAGAUAGGCGUUCGUCUUACCGUCGACCUCCCCCACCCUUCUUCCGCCCUCGACAUUCGGACAGUGGAUAUUAG